AAAGUAAUCAAUACCCGAUUCUACGGGAACUAGAAUAGGAAAACCUUCUUUGUAAUUAUUUGACUUUUCCUAGAAUUGCUGUACAAUUCUUUUCCUAGUUAGGCUAUGUAUAUUUUCCUAGUUAGGCUUGUAUUCUCCCUGUAUAAGAACGUUGUACAAUCAAUAGAAUUAUUUAUUCCGGCACAAUAUCUUCUAUAACAAUUUUACAUGGUAUCAGAGCAGGAAAAACCCUAGCUCUUGUGUUUUUUUUUCCUUUUGCCGUUCUCUUUUUAAACAAAAUUUAGAUAUUUUUCUUGUUUCGCUACUUCUCCAUGGGAGACGACGAGCAGAGCAAGCCUACGAAGAAAGAUGGAGGUUCUGGUGCCUCCAAGGAUGGUGGUGCAAAUGACGCCAGCAAUCCUUUUUUUGUUCAUCACAGUGACCAUCCGGGCAUGGUACUUGUUCCCAAACUCCUUAACGGCGAUAAUUACACAACGUGGUGCCGGUCAAUUCGCUUAUCCCUUGGCGCAAAAAAUAAGCUAGGGUUCGUUGAAGGGACCGUGCAAAUACCGUCAGAGAAGAGCAAUCCAGAUCAUUACUCUCGCUGGUUACAGUGUAAUGAUAUGGUGCUCUCAUGGAUCCUUAAUUCCAUUGAACCUGAGAUCGCCGAUAGCGUCAUCUACUCGACAACGGCACAUGAGAUUUGGGAGGACCUGAAGGAGCGAUUUUCUCAAAGCAACGCACCGAGGAUUUUCCAACUACAACGAGAUAUUGCUUCUCUCCAUCAAGGGCAGAUGUCUAUCGCUGGCUAUUUCACCAAGAUGAAAGGGUUGUGGGAUGAAUUGGCUUCUUACAACGAUUCGCCAACAUGUUCAUGUGGUGCUAUGAAGAAGCAUCAUGAACGAGAGGAACGCAAUGCUCUCAUGCAAUUCCUAAUGGGUUUAAAUGAAUCCUACAGUGCUGUAAGGGGGCAGAUUUUACUUAUGAAUCCUUUGCCAAGCCUUCGUAGAGCAUAUGCGUUGGUUUCGCAAGAGGAAAAACAGAGAGAAUUAGGUUCUGCACGGGUUGUAGCUGAAAGUGCCGCGAUGGUGGUGCGAUCCAGUCAGCAACAACAUCGGGCCAACAAUAAUCAACGGCCUAAUAUUGGCCAACAACAGCAGCAGCAGCAAUACAGGCCCAAUCAGUCGCUACCCAACUCCAGUUUCAGCCAACAACCGUUCCUUUGUUCUCAUUGUGGGGAUACAAACCAUGUUGUUGAAACAUGUUGGAAAUUGCAUGGCUAUCCUUCAUGGCAUAGACUACACAAAUCGGGAGGAGGCAAUAACAAAUCAAAAGAUGGUGGGGGCCGCAAUAAAUCUUCUUCAGCAAACCAUGUGGAUGCAAAUCCUAGUUUUUAUGAUGUGAAAGCCGUGAUGCCCAACCUCACCAAUCAACAAUAUAAGCAAAUAUGUUCAGUCCUGAAAGAGAAGGAAAGUGAUUCACAGCCUGAUUCCCAAGCAAAUCUUGCCAGUUCAGGAUUUGGCUACGAGGAGGACGAUUGGUCUGGGUAAGCGACGUGGAGGCUUGUACUAUUUAGCAGCGUUAGCUUCUCCAAACUCCUCCC